GGCGAGUGGUAAUUUUAUUUUAAACAUUUGAAAAUGAGUUCAAUAUUUUCUUUUUGAUUGUUUUGUGUAAAAAAGAUUUUCUUGAUGUUUUAUCCGGGCCGAGCGGCCCGGUGGGCAGUUCGGCCCGCUAAAAUGGGCGGGUAUGGGUAAAGAGUUUAGCCCAUCAAAUCCGGGCCAGGCCAAGCCCGCCCAUGCAAAUGGGCUAAUAAUUUGUAUCAAGCCCGGCCCAGAUCCGGCCCGGAUCCUUAUUCGCACAGGUCUACUGGAGGCACAGUUUGACAAACUCCGGGAGCAAAUCUCCUGUCUUGAGUCGAAAGUCUCUGCUCUGGAAGGCAAAGAGGGGAGCCUAAAAGCCGAACUGGUUGAAAGGGAAUCCCAGAUCUUCGAGUUGGAGAAUUCACUUCAUGGGGCCAAGCAAGAGGGAGCCCACUUUAGUGAGCUCAUGUUGAAACACAUGGGGUUGAAACGGGAUGCCCUCCAGAAGCUGGAGAAUGAGAGAAAGAUUGUCAAAGAGCUCCGGUUGAAGGUGGGAGAACUGGAGAAGACUGGUGCUUCCCAUCAAGAAGAGGUGGCUGCCCUGACCGCCCGUGCCGAGGCCCUCUACGAAGAGGGGAAAUUUGACAUGCAGCUCUGCAUUUACGAGGCGAUCCGGAGUGGUCUCCCGGCUCACCGGUCCUUAGAUGAUUUCAUCACAUACUACGGCUUGCCUCUUCCCCUUCCUCCCCCAGACUCUCGUGCCAAUCUGGGGUCUUGAUUUUCUUCCUCCCCAACAGUCAUUGUAUUUUUACUUUGUAACAAUUCAAUUGCAUCAACUUGGUAAUGCUUGUAGCAUUUUGUCCUUUGUCAAUAUCCCGCUUGUACUUACAUCCCAGUAGACUCCGUUCUUUGGGCUAACUGUUCUCCUU